AUGUCUGGCCGCAAUCCCUUCCGUCCCAAAAAUGACAAUCAUCCACCGCCCAACAACCCGGAUGCCUCGUCACCACUCCCGAUGCCGUCCUCGAGCAAACCCAACGGAGUGCCCAUAACCGCCCGAUCGCUGGAGAUCGAGGCUGAUGACUCGACCUCAUCCGGCGAACAAGCCAAUCCCUUCCACCCCGACUACACAUCCAGCGACGACGACGAAGAUACGAGCCACGGAGACGACAAUCAUGAUCGACCGCGACAAUCCUUUGGUUCUGCUCCACCCCCAGCUCCAUCCGGCCCCGAUGGAUCUUCCACGCCAUCGUCAAUGGCGCCCUUCACAUCCGCAGACCGCAGUCGGACAACAACCAAAGACAAAAAACCACCGCCGCCGCCGAGGAGCGUGCAUGGGAAGCGCAUCACGACGGGAGACCAUUCCCGGGCAGCUUCGAAUCGGCUCUCCUUCCAUGCCUCUUCCCCCGAGGCCCUGCCGUCCUCGCGGGCGUCAGGCUCGUCCCAUCCCAACACGUCCGAUUACUUCGCUGGCGAAGCAUCCGAGACUCUCCAGCGCAGCCGCUCCGCACAGAAGCGCCCGCCCACCCCACCGCUCAGCCGGCGGCAGAGCCAGAUGCGACGGUCCAAGUCGACCCAGUCGAAAUCCAGCACGGGACGGCUCAAUCUAUCAUCCGCGGACUCCGAGAGCAACAGUUCUCUACCGCCCAGCCCCGGUCCCCCGAGCCGGUCUCUCACCUCUUCCUCGUCGCCGCAGGACCGCAAGCGAAUUAGCAUGCCCCCGCCGGCAUUGGGUGACUAUACGUCUACAGAAGGAGUUUUCUCUCAAUCUAGACCACCACCACCAACCACAUCAUCAUCAUCAUCCACAACAGCGACAGCCUUCCAACAAGGCCGACGAGCUUCGUCGUAUGGCACUCUGCCCGCUGGUUCUCCGUCGUCUGCUCCGCCUCCUCCGCCACCGCGACGAGCCCGCGAUUCGACUCUUCGCAGCAGUGAAAACCGGGCAUCGACGGUUGAGGAGCCUCUACCUCAACCAUCCAAUGCGCAAGAUAUCCUGGCUGAUCUAUCUCGAUUGCAGAAAGAGGUGGAUGAUCUCCGGGGGCAUUAUGAAAGUAGUAGCCGGAGAGUCAGCGAGUGA